AUGGCAAAAAUCCUACACCUAGCAACCGAGCUUAUAGUCGCCAUAACCUCCAACAUUCCCAGAUCAUCCGAUGAACCACACGUCGUACUGGUCAAUCGCAAAAUGCACCAUAUGAUCGCCCAGGAACUGUAUAAACACAUCGUGCUGGGUCAGAGUGGAGACCCCUCAAACAGAGGCGGCUCUAAAUGGAUACAUGAAGAUCCAUGCUGGGAUACAGUCCGCCUCCUUCGCUUUUCCGCAAGAGACCUGCUGGACGCGAACCGGGGCAAACACACACUCUUUUCUGUCACCUUCCGAGACAGGACGAAGACCGCAGGGUGUGUGAGCGUAACACUCGAGAGCCUCGUCAUCGACACCGAUCAAAGCGGAGACCGUCGUGACGGCAGCGGUGUUCAAACCUUACGUCCCUUUAUCGCUUUGAAGCGCCUCAGUGUUCAGAGCCAUAUCUUGUUUGGCGACCGUGGUGACCCUCUGUUCAUGACCCAAGAUGAUGGCAACGACGUUGGACUGGACAUGAUACUAUUGACCAAAUUCCUGCCCAUGGGAUUGCAGCAACUUCAGACGACCUGUUGGACAGAUCGACAGGAAGACUGGGAGCCACAGUGGGGGUCCUUGAUUGCUCUCCCGCUCGAGAAGCUAAUGCAAGCUGGUCUUUGCGCUUUGCCGGAGCGGCAUCACAUCACAGUGGAUCAUCCAGCCAGGGACCAAGGGUUUCGUGGCAUGGCGUAUAAUACAAUAUAG